CACAUGAUGCGUGUCCCGACGUAAGCCAGUCCAAUGAGGAGAGGAGGGAGGCGUUCCCGUGGGCUUCAUUCUCCAUUGGUGUGUUGAACCACAACAAACAGCGACGAUACAACGAAUGUCAAACAAGUAAAACACACAACAAAAAACCAGACAGCUGCAACUAUGGGCAAGUUCCAUUCUCUCUUGGCUAACCCCAAAGACGAAAGUCAGGACGCCCUGGCAGCUUCUGGAGAGUACAGAGACGGCGAGGAGGAUGGAAAGAACGGAGAUGUAUCCCAGUUCCCCUACGUGGAGUUCACUGGACGGGACAGCGUCACAUGCCCGACAUGUCAGGGCACCGGCAGAAUACCGCGAGGUCAAGAGAAUCAGCUUGUGGCUCUGAUUCCAUACAGCGACCAAAGGCUCAGGCCGAGCAGGACAAAGCUGUAUGUCACGAUAUCAGUGGCACUUUGCUUGCUGCUCUCUGGCCUGGCUGUUUUCUUCCUAUUUCCUCGCUCUAUUGACGUCUCCUAUGUGGGAGUGAAGUCCGCCUAUGUCUCCUAUGACCUGGACAAACGCAUCGUUUAUCUCAACAUCACAAGCACUCUGAACAUCACCAAUAAUAACUACUACACCGUAUCUGUGACCAACAUCACAGCACAAGUGCAGUUCUCCAAGACGGUGAUAGGCAAGGCCAAGUUAAACAACAGCUCAGUGAUCAUACCACUAGAUGAACGGCAGAUUGACUACACAGUUCCCACCACCAUUGCUGAUGAGAUGAGUUACAUGUUUGACUACUGCACCUUGCCAACCAUUAAAGUUCACAACAUAGUGGUCAUGAUGCAGGUGACGGUGACCACGUCUUACUUUGGCCAUGCGGAGCAGGUCUCCCAGGAGAUGUACCAGUAUAUUGACUGUGGGGGGAACACCACCUCCUUGCAUGGUCAUGUGCAGGUCUACCAAUAAAAGAAACAAAAAGAGCCCAGGCAUCAAACACUGCUGUGACUGAGGGUCUUACAGAGAUAAAUGGACUGACGUCCACGUAUGAACAAUGGAGUAAUGAACAGGGACAUAACUUUUCUUAAACUAGUCAGUGGCUCAUACAUUCUUAAAUUCCCAACCACUUCCUUUUACAGGUCGAAUGUGAUGAUCUAUUUUUGGUUUGCUGCUUGUCAAACAGGCUACUAAAAGCAGACACACGUAUUAUGCAGGAUUUGCCUCGAGGUUUGUUGUCAUUUUUCUCCCUGGUGCCAACAAAAUAGACGGAUAUAAUUUAAUAUUCACAUCACUCGUAGACAUUCCCAUCAUGUUUUCACUGUGAGUCCUUAACAAUUAAAUUACUGGAAGCAGUAGUUUCAGAUAUGAUGCACUUUAACUAGAGAUGCACCAAUGUACACAUGAUGGUUUUAUGCUGUGUACGCGCGCACACACACACACACACACACACACACACACACACACACACACACACACACACAUCAUGUCGUGAGUUUUGAUGUAAAUUACAUUAAAUGUGUUAUAUAGAUAUGUUGCACCUGUUUUACUUUCCCUGAAGAUAAAGUAGGAUAUACUACAAUUCAUUUUCACUUGGAUUCUAACUGUCCAGUAACCCGGAGCACUUAUAAUUUGAGAUUUAAGUUAUUUAAUAGGCAAUGUUUUAUUAUGAACAUACACAUUCAACUUCAAUUUUUCACUAAAGAAAAGUUACAAAAAAGUUUGUGUAUGCUGUCAAUUAUAGUUCUUUUGAAAGAAAGAAAAAAAUCGGAAUUGGCAAAAUAAAUAGCAAUUAGUGCAUCUCUGACUUGAACCCGAUCUAAGAAUGUUAGUGCCCCCACUACUCUAUACCACUUUAAAUAAAAAAUACAACAAGUAAGGUUCAAGAGUGAAAACCACUGAGCUGUUCCUAACGUCCUCUUUCCUUUCUCGUUUUGUUUUGUUUCAUGAAGAUAUGAUUAUCUUUUUGUGUAGUGCAAGAUGACGUUUUAUCUUAUAUCAUUUGUUGAUUUGAUUUGUUUUGGCUCAGAAUUCUUUUUUUGCUUGAGUAUAGGUACUAUAAGUAUUUUCUUAUGUUUAGCGAGUAGUCACCUGAGUAAUUUAAUGCAAAUGUGACUACUAUGAAGACUGCUACAUAUUGUUACGAGGUUACAAAGUAACUUAGUAAAAGGGAUUAAAUAAUAAAGUAUUUUAUAGGAAAUGUGGGAGUGUUACAGGGGUAUAUAAAAUACAGAACCGUAAAUGUAAAAUAUAUGCUUUCAAAACAUGUUAUUUUUUGGUGUGGGAGCAUCUUUAUUUCCAUUUAUUGCGGUUGUUUUUAUCUCAAUAAUAUGUUUAGGACUAGUUUUUGAGUUGACUGGAAUUUAAAGUAGUUUUGAAAUUACUUCCUUUUGUCACAUAGUAUCAUUUUAGAUUGGCAUUUUUUAACAGAUCAUGAACAACUUUUGUCUGACAGAAGACACCCAAAUUCCCCAAAUAUGAAUUAUUUAAAAGUUUCUGAUUCAUUCAUUUGUGAUCGCAAAGGAACUAUAAAAUGCAUAAAGUAGGUUUUCCUGGUAGUUAAUACAAUUUCAUCAAAAGAAAACUGUAAUCCUCGAUCCAACCCUUCCUGAUAUUUGAUGAUAGACAGUGUUUGUAAAAACCUCUGUUACCUCUACACAGUGGUUUUGUGUUGUUCAUGCAUGAAGCUGUAAAUAAAAUCAUGCCUCAUUUUGAAA